CGCGGACUCUUUGCCUCGGGCAGAGCGUGUGGGCGUGUGCGCGCGAACAGCUGUGCGUGUGCCGGCGCGCUCUUUGAAAGGAACUAAGUGAUGUUUCCAUUUCCUUGUGUGGACGUUUUUUCCCGAGCUUUGUGAUAAAUAGAGCAGCAAAAAGGCAGAAGAGCACAGCAGACUCACAGAGAAUAGACAGACGGAGACGCGUUAAGGCAACAGAAUGGAGCUCAAAACAGUCCUGGUAUUUCUUCUGAGCCUUGCAGUGUCUGUGUGUACACAUCCUUGCUAUGAUGAACAAGACUUGGAAAAGACAGCCAGAAAAAAGCUUCAGAGCCAUUAUCACCAGCCUGCCUUCCCCACCCAGGCCUCAAAUGCACCCCUCAGAUGCCCCCUGGAUCUGUACCAGAAGGAUGAGUCUCUAAAGGGUCGCUCCAUCUCCCCCUGGACCUAUGUGCAGAGAGAGAUGCCUGAGCACUUCCCCUCCACAUUUUAUGAGGCGCGCUGUCUGUGUCGCGGCUGCAUCCUCUUAAAUGAUGAGGACGAGCCUUAUGAGAGCAACAGCCACAACUCUGCUCCUGUGAUCCAGAACCGCGUGUUUCUGAGGAGGGACCUGUGUGAAGGCUCCAAUGGAGAUAGGAGGAAAUACCGCCUGAUACCAGAGAAUGUUAAUGUGACUGUAGCGUGCACUUGUGUACGUCCAUUAUAUUAAUGGACAUACAACCACUGCUAAGUUAGCAGCUGCUCAAUCUGUUGUGUUUGUUUUAAAAUGCACUUAGUUCUCAAGUCCUGAAGUGUCAGCUUUGACAAGUCUUCUAACACACACUACAAAUUAAUAAGUCAACAUUUUACACACACAGAGACACACACACAGACACAGAGACACAGACACACACACACACACACACACACCCUCGUCAGCUGACACCCAGGGUAAAGUGAAGUUUUAACUGACAGUCUAUUAUCUGACAGCCUGACAGGUUCAGGUUGUGACUAUGCUGUUUGUAGGUGUUAAAUGUUUUCACAUUGAAAACAUUAUCAAUGAAAGCUACUUUUAUUAUCUACU